GUCAGCGCGGUUCCAUGAGGGCGGCGGGUGGCGGCGGGCCCGGCCCGGCUCCGUGAGGGAGCGCCGGCGGCGCGGAGCCCCGCGGCCAUGGCCGACGGCAACGCCGACUGGAUGGGCUCGCUGCCGCCUGCCCUGCGCUCCCUGCCGCUCUCCAACCUCGCCAUCCCGGGAUCACAUGAUUCUUUCAGCUACUGGGUUGAUGAGAAAUCUCCUGUGGGACCAGACCAAGCAAAAGCCAUCAAACGUUUGGCCAGAAUUUCUUUGGUUAGAAAGAUCAUGAAGAAAUGGUCAGUGACUCAAAAUUUGACUUUCAAAGAGCAGUUGGAAGGCGGGAUCCGCUACUUUGAUCUUCGUGUCUCUUCCAAACCUGGGGAAAUAGAACAAGAGAUUUACUUCAUACAUGGCUUGUUUGGUAUCAAAGUAUGGGAUGGCCUGAUGGAGAUGAACAGUUUUCUUGAGCAGCACCCCAAGGAAGUAAUCUUCUUGGAUUUCAAUCAUUUCUAUGCCAUGGAUGACAGCCAUCACCACUUCUUGAUUAGCAGGAUCCGCUCAGCAUUUGAAUCCAAACUUUGUUGUGUUGAAUGUGUAGAAUAUGUGACGUUACUGUACAUGUGGAAGAAGAAACACCAGGUUCUCAUAUUUUACCAUCACCCUUUGUAUCAGGAAUACCCCUUCCUGUGGCCAGGUAAUAAAAUGCCAGCACCGUGGGCUAAUACAACUAAUGUGCACAAACUGCUGCAGUUCCUGGAGACCACACUUGGGGAACGAAGUCGUUAUGGGACUUUCCAUGUAUCUCAGGCAAUUCUCACCCCUCGAGUGAAAACAAUUGCACGGCAUCUAAUUCGUGGUCUGAAGAACACACUUGUUCAUAGGAACCUGCCCAUGAUUUUGAACUGGGUGAAAGCACAGAAGCCUGGUGUUAUGGGUGUUAACAUAAUUACAUCAGACUUUGUGGAGCUGGUUGAUUUUGCUGCUACAGUUAUUGCACUGAACGACCUCCUUUUGGAAGAGAACGAAUCUGCAACUUAAAUCCUGAUUGCUGUGUUCCAUGUGUGCUCCUUAGUGGACAUCUUUGAACUAUGCUUAAUGUUUUACUUGUCAAGUGAAACCUGUUGUAAUCUCUCUUUAUGAAGAAAAGUUUCCUUUAGGAAACGUGGUUAAACAUCACGUACAGCCAGGUCCCUUCUCCUGGCGUCUGUGGACUGAGUGAGCCGAGUGCUGUGUCUGUGUGUGCUGCUGUGUCUGUGUGUGCUGUGUCUGGCUGAGCUGUGCACACAUCUGCUGCUGACAGGGGCUGGCCUCUGGAGCAGAUGAACCCCAUUGUGGCACACAUCUCCUUGGUGACCGCCCUCCCAGCACCCCUGUGUGUGCAUCCUGCCCGCUUCCCAUGGCCAGGGCUCACUCCAGGGAUCACUGCUGAUCCCAUGGCAUUGUUCUUGGGCCACCUCUGGCAUAGCUGGGCUCAGCUGGAGGCUGCUGCUGCUGUUCAUUAUGCUCUUUUAGACACUACCUCUGACUUACUUGAAGAGACAAUGCUGCUGUUGUUCAGGGGGAAGCUGUUAACACUGUGUUGAAUAUCCAAACUGUCCUUUGGGCCUAAGAGAUGAAGGCUUAGCACAAUUUUUCUUCCUGACCUCUUUAUUUUACAUUAUUACUUCAAUCAAUUAGUUGCAACUGUGCUUAAGUAUAUUUUUUUGACAUUAAUUUGGAGAAUAUUUCAGUCUUCAAAUUUUGAGGAUUAUAACUCAAGUCUGAAUUCCUGUUUCCUGUGACAUAUAGGAUUCAUUUUCCUGAAUUCCUGGGACACUUAGGAAACUACAGCAGAACCUUUCUCUUUAUCUCUUGGUCACUUGGGGUUUUUUAAUCCAUCAGAUUUUCUUUGGGAACGUCUGUCACCCAGGCAGCCCUUCUCUGGAGGGAGGUGGACCAAGUGGGGUUUGCCUGAUAUUCAGAGAACUGGAGGUGCAUGGACUGCUCAAAGUCCAAAUAUUGGAUCACUGUGAUUUCUAAUGGGAUGGUGAAUUCUGCAGUCAGACCUGAAAACUCUGCUUUUAGAUAGAGAGCCACACCUAUUAAGAAAUUUCUCCAGCCUUCACCUGCUUGUGACAGAGUAAGCAAUAAUCACACAAGCACAGGUAGGUGUUAGUACUGCUUCUGUCCUUAGUCACACUUAUUUUUGUGCUGGUUCACAAUGAAAUUGUGACCAUAUAUGUUUGAGCCAGUGCAAUCAUAUGUUGGUACUUAUCAGCACUUAAUUUACUAGCUGAUAGUAUCCUAUGGUCUGAUUUAUUGCUGUUUUUUUAAAAAGCACAAAAGGGACUGAUUAGCAGAUACUUCUCUGCUCAAUCAUCUUCCCAAAGAAACUAUUGGUGCACUAAUUAUUCCUGAUUAUGAAUUUGUAUUUACCUCUAAGCUUAUUUAUUAUAGAAUGGAUUGUCUUUUACAUAUCUAAUUCAAAGGAAAAAUUCAUCUCCAGAUUUGUUAUUUCUUUUGUUGUUUUAUUCUGUAUCUGCCAUCAUGGUUUGACAGCUGUGAAAAAAUCCCAACCUUAUUUCUUUGCUUGUCACAACUCAGGAGAAAUGUAAAGGUUUGCAAACCUUCCAUGUGAACCUUGGCCAAGUUCAGAGCAGGCUGUAAUCUGAUUUAUCUGUUGGUUGCAUGGCUUUCAUUAGAGUUCCUUGAAUUUUUUAACUGAAUCGUUUCUCAGAGGGAGUUGGGGGUGGGGGAAGUGCUUGUCACUCAUUGUCUUUCCACUUGUGUCUCAGUGAAAGGGGACAAGUCAUAAAAAUCAGGGUUUGGCAAGUAUGUUCAAGUUUCUAGUUUAACACUUCCUUUUAAAACCACAGCAGAAGGUUAUAAUUGGGUUUGGUACUUUUUUUUCUUGUUGUUGAAACCAUCAGAACCUGUUUUGGACAGUUCUGUUCAGUCUGCAAGUUUAUUUAAAAUACCUGGAUUUUCCUAUUUAUUAAAUAAUAAAUAAUUCCUAUUUAUUUAAAAUAGCUGAAUUUUAUGUUUACUGCUGCUUUACUCGUGGUCCCAGCUGAAACUCCAUGUGAAUUUGGUUUUGUUCGUUUUCUUCUGCAAAUUGUCUUGGUGCUCAGAGCUCAGUUGGGUGUUAACACCAAGGCUGUAUGGGCCAUUCAUUUAAGGGCUGGAUUCAUGACCCUUAUGGGUUUUUUCCAACCCAGAAUAUUCUGUGAUUCUGUAACUUGGCUUGAAUGCCAGCGAGGCAGAAAUAAUACUUUUGCAAGGUUCCCAUCUAGAACUGGAAGACAAAGCAAGGUGAAGUGAGUAUGAUGUUUGUAUUUGACCCUUAAUAUAUUUUGUGCUGUACCUAUACAUAUAUAUGCUUCAAAAGAUAUUUAUUUGGCUUAAACAAUAUUUGUUUUGUGCGUGCACAGUAAUUGUUAAAAACAAUGACUGUUAUUAGUCCUUCUGCUGUAUUUAUUUGAAUAGAGAUGGAUGGGCUCAGGGCUUUGUUUUUGGGUUUUUUUUAAGUGCAAACUCGGAAGUUUCUCUAAUGUACUGGCUGUUAGUUCUUGCCUCUUGAAACAUGCUGGGUGUUUAGAGUGUUAGCAGAGGGAAAAGAAAUGGAAAAUAGAUUUAGUAUUAAUGAUUUAAGUAUGUGAGGGGGAACAUUUCUGGGAGUUUGGCCUGUCAGAAGAGACUUUUGUGUCAUUUCAGAGCAGUGCUUGGUGGUGUGCUUCCAGUGUUCCAGAGGAACCUGACUGUUUUAAUUGGUGAGUUGGGCAAUUGGCAGGUAACAUUUGUGUGACAUGUCUCCCUUGGCUGCUCUGGGCAGCAUUCAUGCUGGUGCUUAGAACUGCUCCUAGAGUUGUCAGACACCAUCCCAAGCACUGAACUACCUUUCAUCUAUUCUGUUACACAGAGAAAAGCUAUCCAUAUUCAUGGGCUUAUCUUGCUUACUCAACACCAAAACAUAUCCAGACUUCCUCAUGCUUUGCAAAAUUGAGCUAAUCUAGGCUUGGACUUUGGGCUGUGGACUCUAUUUUCCAGCGUUACAAAAUUAAAAGGUGUGCUGGGCAGGAAGGGAGGAUCAAGGAAGUAGGGCAGUAGUUUGCAUCCAGUGCCCACAUGGAAGGUGUGGUAGUGCUCAGCCCAGUUCUGAGCCCACUCCAGCAGAGUGGAGCAGGUCUGGCAGGUGAGUGACAGCACUGCAGCUCACACUGAGGCCAAGUCUGACCCCUGAGCAGUCUGCUCCUGAGAUCAGCAAAUAACAGCCUGCAGGGUCAGGAUGUGUGAGCUUGAGGAGAAUGAAGAUGGGUAUGAGCACAGGAGAAGGCAGGGGGUUCUUACUGUUGAUGUAGAUGCACAUCUGGUGAAUACAGUGGUUUUAGUCGUGUUUGUAUAUCCCCAAAGCAGUAGAGUUCACUUUUAAACAGACUGGGAAGAAAACCUCCCCAGAAGUUGUUCUGACCUCUUGACCAUUUGGUAGGUGCUGGGAGAGGAGAAGCCAGAAUACAAGCAGCUGUGUGAGGCAAAGUACUUAAACUGUGUAUUCUUGAAUAAAUAUGCAAAUGGUUUGUUAUUAAAGACUCAGGUUAGGUAUACACUGUUUUAUGACUGUUAUUUCUCUGCCUGGUGUGCAGUGUCUGAAUGCCAAGCACACUGGUGGCAUUCCUCUUCUCACACUGAUGGUUGCCAUGUGCAAUUUAAGGGCGCAUCUGAGGCACAGUAAAACCUCUGUGUGUAUCCCUGAUGGGAAGUAGCCAAUGCUUGUUAUGGGGCAUCUAUGAGUUUUUAGCCUCUUACUGUGUCCUGUAGGUGAAAACAAAAAGGAUUUUGCAGACUGACAGUCUGUUGGCUUUUGCUUGGGGACAACUGUCAUAAUGUAUUGAACUGCCCAGGGAAAUGGAGUCAUCAUCUCUGGACGUGUUCAACACUGUGUGGAUAUGGCACUUGAGGAUAUACUGUAGUAAUGAAAACAGCAGUGAUGGACUUGAUGGUCUUGGAGGUCUUGUCCAAGCUUAACAAUUCUGUGAUUCAGAGUAGAAAUGCUGACUGCUCAUAUUCUGUUAAAAAGCCUCUUUGGAGGAAAGAAUAAUAGGGAAAUGGUGGCUUUGCUCCUAACACAUGCUGGGUUUUGCUGUUGUUGCUCCUGAAUGUUGGAGUUUAAAAGCACUGUGAGGUUUAAAAGAACUGUGAGGUUGAAAAACACUUUUGAGCAGGGAUUUUGGCUCAAACAGGAGUAGAGCUUCUCUCAGCAUGCUUAUCUGCUCUCAUCUGACUAAGCCUUUGGAAAUAAUUUCUUUGUGUACCUGUCUCAGGAGUCAGAGAUCAUUGAUGCAUCAUUAAGCAGACCAAGAUUUAGGGCUUAGAUAGAUAAAGAGAUAGAAGUCAUUGAUAUUUUGAUUUAGAAUUGGGUUGCCUAUGGAAGUCUUACUGAGCAUGUGUGACUUGAGGUUUAUUUGAAUAUGCAGUAUUUAAUAUGACAUCCAUAUGCUGUUUUUGUAGGACUUUCAUCUUGACUUGAAGACAUAGUUACCAAACCCUAAUAAGCAAAUUUUUUGGUCAGAGGACCACUGUUUGGGACAAAACUUGAGGCAAAUUUUCAAUGCUUGUUAAAAGCACAGAGAAAUUGUCUAAUGUGGGGAACAGAACUUACUCAAAAAAUUGUUUGAAGUAUAGAUCACGUUUAAAUGAAAUCCUUUUGGCAAUGAAAAGUAAGAUUUUUUUUUUUUUUCCUUCUUUGAAAAAUUCUUAUUCCAGCUUUGGUUUUAGCUCAACAGAUGGGUAGAAGAGCCAGAGCAUAUGGUAAAAAGCAAAUCAAUUUUAUGCUGGGCACAUUAUAUGUAGGACUAACUGUGUUAAGAGUAUGAUGAUUUACUUAAUGACACCUUUAAUGGUAAUCCUAUCAGCUCUUUGGUUUAGGUUGUUAAAUCAGUCUCUAUUUUGCAUUUAAAAUAUCAGUCCCACUAAUUCAAUACAUCUGUUCUGUUGAAGUGUGUUUACUUCUCUAUGCAUAUUUAUUUCUCUAAAAGUCUUACCAAGUAAACUGUUAAUUAUAGGGACUGGAAUAGGACUGUCAACUUUAGAACUGUAUGCUGAAUCUGCUUACAUUUUGUAUCCCUGAAUAUUUAUGCAUUGUGUGUUGUCCAUUUAAAUAGUACUUCUCUUACCCUUUGUUAGACCUGUCAUACCAUUUACAUUGAACUGUAGUGUAUUCUUAAUUUUGAAAGAAAUGUUGAUCAGCACAUCCUAUAUAAAGAUAAUUUAGAAGAUUCUUUGAUUUUUCUCAAUGUCAAAUGUAUUUUCCAGAUGGAUUUUUUUAUUAUUAUUUAUACUGUGGAAGGGUGCAGAGGGGGCCAGGUGAAGAAGAAUUACCAAUUCUCAGUAUUUAUUUUGUGCAGUUUGUCUUCUUUUGGCAGUUUGUGCUUUACCCACCUGUGUGAUUCAGUUUUGUGAAACCAGGAUACCUCAUCUGAACUGCAGAUAAAUUUGAGGUUUACAUCUGUUUUUUCUGCUUUAUAUCAUGGGGGGGUUUUAAUCCUGAAAAUAAAAAGUACAACUUGA